GUGGGAGAUUUAAAGACUAACUACAUUCAUGGAGAUGGCAACAGCAGUGAAAAAUGUGUGAAUCCCACCAACUCAAUCCUGAUGGCUAAGAGCUCUUCAUCUCCUUCCCUUGAGGAAAAUGACCAAUAUGUACCUUUUCCAAAUGAAGGAAAUCAAAAGCCAGUGAAAAAUGCAGGCGAAAAUGCAGGUUUAAAACAUAUUGUUUCACCUUCUGAUCUGUAUGGAGCAGAUUCAUAUCUUUCUUUCAAGACUCAUGGAUUUAUUAAGGAUCGGGGCCAACUUUAUGCUGACAUGAAAAAAAGAAGUUCAAGUCUUGAUGACCUUGAAGUAGACAGCGGAAGUGGAGAUGUUUCGGACAGAUCCGAUGUUCCCCUCAGCUCUUCAGAGGCCAUGGCUUGUAACAGAGGUGAAUUAGACUUCUCUACCAGUCUGCAGCCCAAGGAAUGCAUGAUGUCUGGUAUUCGGUCGCGCUCCUAUUCCUGCUCCUCACCCAAAGGUUUAUUAGGAAGACCUCGCAUUCCUCAGGAGUUCGCCUCUGGGAAUUCAAGUGAAGAUGGUGUGCUCAUGAACAGUGGUCAGUCCCUCCUUCAGGCUCUUUCACUCCCUAAGUCAGUCUCUCUUCUCCACCCCUGUAAGCGAGCGUACAGCCUGCCUGAGCAGUCCCGAGAGAAAAGGAUUCAGGUGGAGGAAUGGAAUAAAUACCUUGUACCCUCAAAAAAUGAAUCUGAAAAGUAUAAAGUGAGUCGGACUUUCAGCUUUCUGAUGAACAGAAUGACCAGUACUCGGAAUAAGUGUAAGACAAAAAACAAAGAUACCAAAGAUAAAGAGAAACUGAACAGGCACAAUUUUACAAAUGGCACCUUCUCAGGAGUUAUCCCAUGUAUGGUCUGUGAAAAGGCCCUCCUAGGGAAGGAGUCACUGCAGUGCUCAUAUUGCAACGUGAUUGUGCAUAAGAGCUGCAAGGAGUCUGCUCCUGUGUGUACCAAGAAAUCCCAGGAGAGAUACAAUAAAAAUAAACCCCAAGCUGGUGUAACAAAUUCCCUGCCUGGAGACAUUACACAGAUGGUGCACUCCCCAGUACAUCCGUCUUGCUCUGUGCCUGUUGGACUGUCUGCUGGAAGGAGACAGACCUUACAGCAGUCCCACUUCUUGUCCAGAAGUGUCCUCAGUGCCAGUUUCGAAAGCUGUAAAAGUUCUAUGCCAUUUUCUGAACAAGACUCUGAGACUAGCACCUGGACUUCCAAGUCACGGUCUGAAGAGAUGUUACAAGCAUUAAGGACCUUUUCUUCAAUGGAUCCUUUUGUGAUGGAAGAUAAUGUGGAUUUGUCUCAGUGGACUGAUCUCCACACAGAUGCACAGAAGUUUGAGGCAGAGUCCUGGAGUCUUGUUGUGGAUCCAAUGUUCUGUAGCAAGCAAGAAAAGGAUGUUGUCAAGAGGCAGGAUGUAAUUUUCGAGCUGAUGCAAACAGAAGUGCAUCACAUCCAUACUCUGUUCAUUAUGUCUGAAAUAUUCAGGAAAGGGAUGAAGGAAGAACUGCAGCUGGACCACACCACAGUGGACAGAAUAUUCCCCUGUCUAGAUGAGCUCCUGGAGAUCCACAGGCAGUUCUUCUGCAGAAUGAAGGAGAGAUGGCAGGAAUCAUGUGAGGCAGGGAGUGAACGUAAUUUUAUAAUCAGCAGAGUUGGAGACAUCCUGGUGCAGCAGUUUUCAGAGCAAAAUGCAACAAAAAUGAAGGAAAUAUAUGGAAAGUUUUGCAGCCAUCAAAAAGAAGCAGUUAAUCUCUUCAAAGAAUUGCAGCAAAACAAGAAGUUCCACAAUUUUAUUAAACUGAGAAAUAGUAACCUGUUGGCACGACGCCGAGGAAUCCCUGAGUGCAUUCUGCUCGUCACCCAGCGAAUCACCAAAUACCCUGUUCUGGUUGAAAGGAUAUUGCAAUACUCGAAAGAAGGAACAGAUGAACAUAAAGACCUCUGCAAAGCCCUUUAUCUAAUUAAGGACAUGAUUGCAGCAGUAGAUUUGAAAGUGAAUGAAUAUGAGAAAAAGCAAAAGCUUUUGGAAGUCCUCAAUAGAACUGAAAACAAAACAUAUACAAAGCUGAAAAAUGGCAAUGUUUUUAGGAAGCAAGACUUGAUGAAGAAAGAGAGGAUACUUCUUCAUGAAGGUUUAGUGUACUGGAAGACAGCCACUGGUCGUUUCAAAGACACCUUAGCUCUGCUUCUAACUGAUGUACUACUGUUCUUACAUGAGAAAGAUCAAAAAUACAUCUUUGCAGCUGUUGACCAGAAGCCUUCUGUUAUCUCCCUUCAGAGACUCAUAGUAAGAGAAGUAGCCAACGAAGAAAGGGGGAUAUUUUUGAUUAGUGCUUCAUCUGCAGGGCCUGAGAUGUAUGAGGUUCAUACUAACUCCAAAGAGGAGCGUAACAACUGGAUGAGGCAUAUUCAAGAUGCUGUGGAAAGUUGUCCAGAGGAAGAAGAAGAAGGAAAAAUGAGUGAAUCUGAUGAGGACAGACGUAUUGCUGAGGCCAAAGCAUCCAGAAUUCAGAAAUGUCAAGAAUUACUGAGUAACCAGGACCAACAGAUCUGUAGUUGUUUGGAAGAGAAGUUGCAUAUCUAUGCAGAACUGGGAGAUAUAAGUGGGUUUGAGGAUGUCAAUGUAGAACCUCACCUCCUUAUCAAACCUGACUCUGGAGAAACUCCACAGGCUGCUUCAUUGCUGGCAGCAGCACUCAGAGAAGUUGAAAGUCUCCAUGUUGCUGUAAUGAUGUCACAAGUGAGUGAAAUAGACAGAUCACCAGAGGAAAAUAUUGAGGAAUUAAGUGUAAAGAACACAUUUACUGCCAAUGAAAUUUUGGAAUCUGUUGUUGAUGAUGCAGAAAUAAAAGAACUUGAAGAAUCAUCUGAAGUCAAUCUCAGUGCUGAAAAGGAAAUGGCAGGUGCCAGUCUAGAGGAUAAGGGAGGAAGUAUGAUUUUCCCAGGAUCUACAGGGACAGAGAUUGUACAAGCAAUCCAGAACUUAACCCGUCUCUUGUACAGCAUACAGGGAGCAUUAGCUAUCCAAGACAGCCACAGAGAGCUCCAUAGGUUGCUCCUGCAAGAGAAUGAGAAAACUAGUCGGGGCCACGGUUCUUGGCUAAACCUCCUUCUGGAACAAGAAAAAUGCCGGAAUUUGGAAAAACAAAAGGUGGAGCUGGCCAACAUACACAAGCUCAAGCAGCAGUUUCAGCAAAAAAAAGAGCAGCAGCGGUGGCCGCGCGAAUGCGAGCAGCGGCAGCGGGAGCAGGAGGUGCGGAAGGGCCGGCUGGGGCAGUGGGAAAGGGAGUGCGGCUGCCAGGAGGAGCUGCUGGAGAGAAGCCGAGAGGGACUGGCACUGCAGCUGCAGGAGUACCAGCAGAGCCUGGAGAGGCUCCAGGAGGGCCAGAAAAUGGUGGAGAGAGAACAAGACAGUGUGAAAAUGCAGAAGAAGCUCCUCUGGCACUGGAAACAUGGUCAACAAAGUAGCUUGUUGUCAUCCACAGGGAGCUAUGAGAUAAUGGGACAUCAUAAGUCGGACAACUUACAUGGCAAAAAUACAUUCUACUUAAAUGAAGCUGUAGUGUGUGUGUCUCUAAGCAAUCUCAGAUCGGAUGCUUCUCUCGUUUAUGAGGAUGGUGUGUAUGGGCCGAACGUCUCAAAUUCUGAUAUAGCAAGGACUAAUGAAAAUCAGGUGGACCUCAAAAUGGACACUUCUUGUCAACCAGCAUUAACCAGUGCACUGUGGAAAUCCACUGGUCCUUAUCAGCAGAUGUCUUUCUCCUGCAAAAGUAACAAGGAUGCCUUUAAUAAUGAUCUGAAUGCAUCACAGACCCAGAGUCCCCAGACAAGCACUCCAAACCAGGGAUCCAUCCAGCCACUGCUGGGAGAUGUAUUGCUGCUGAGCCACCAGCCGGAGAGUCUGCAGGAUGCAGAAAGCAAGGGCAGAGUGGAGGAGGGGAUUGUUUACCUCUGA